AAAAUUGCUGACCAAAGCUUAGUGUCGCGAUCUACGCUGUUGCAGCAGCACCAACGCGUAUGCGCGUCGCGUGAAGAAGGCAACUCCACACGUCAAAAGCUCAACCCACAACAAGAGUAUGAGCUUGUUAGUUAUAUAAAUAAGCUUACAGAGCAAGGGCUACCACCUACAAGGCAAAUGGUGCAAAACUUUGCAUCAGAAAUGGCCCAACAGUACGUUAGAGAUAGCUGGGUUACCAGGUUCCUGCACCGUCAC